AUGGAGAAUACGGCUGUCGAUGCUCCUGUCAUGCCCUGGGCCGAGGCGGCCCUCGGCUCCGCGGGCCCGCCGCCUGGCUUCCUGUCUCUGCCCCUGGUCCCCCUGGGCGCCGCGGACGACCAGCACCUGUUUGAGCUCAACGUGCGCCUGCAGUACUCGGACGACGAGCGCCUGCAGCUGCCCGCGCUCACCGAGCUGGGCGGCGCGGCGGCGGCGGACUUCCCUGCUGAGGCGCUGCUGCAGCGGCGCAGCCUGCUGGACAACACGCUCGCCCUGCUGGCGAGCCCAAAGUCCAGCCACGCAGUCCAGUCCGCGGCCGCUGAGCUGCUGCUGCGCCUGGUGGCCGGCCUGCAGCGCUCCCUGGCGCUGCGCAGCGACCCCGAGCUCUCAGCAUCAGCCUACGGCAAUGACGGCGGCGGCAGGAGUGGCGACGCAAGCGGCGCCGACGACGCGCGGGGGCCUGGUGGCAGGGGCGGCGAAAAAGAGCUGCGGGCGGGCGACUUGCUACAAGAGCUGCUGGCCAGCGUGAGGGGCGCCGACCCGACCUGCACGGACAGCUACCCCCAGCUGCCGCUGCCGCCGGCCGGCGCGUCGGACGCGUGGCGGGCGCUGGCGGGGGCGGGGCGGGACGCGGUGGACGUGACGGGGGUCGUGCACAGCAUAGUGCUGCAGGUUCUCGACCUGACCAAGCUGCCAGACCGCCACUUCGAGCUGCUCCCCAUCAUCGACGCAGCCCUCCCGCUGCUAUGCGCGCCGCUCGCGCGCCUCCCGCCCGGCGACGCGCCCGCGGACGGCGCCGAGGGGGCGCGGUUCGUCGCCAGGGCGGCUGCGGCGGCGGCCGCGGCGGCGGCGGCUUCUGGGGAAGCUUCGGCGCAGCUGUCACAAGAGGAGGUGGGGCGGCUGUCGGAGGCGCUGCAGGCGCAGUGGCGCGGCAUGCUGUCUGCGCUCAGCCGGUCGCUCGCGUCGUCGCUCGCUGUCGCGCGGUCCGCGCGCGCGGCGGCGGCGGCGGGCGGGGACGGGGGCGCGCUGGCGGCGGAGGCGCUGGCGGCGGCGGGGCUGGUGGCGUGGGACCUCUUCACCAUGAACCUGCUGAUGCUGGCCCUCAGGCUCAUCAACGAGGCGCCCUUGGAGUGGUGCAGCGCGGCUAUCGUGCCGCCCUCCAUCGCGGAUGCCGCAGAGGCCGCUGCGCUCGACGAGGCCGCCGCGCUGCUGCUGCCGUCCCUGCGCCCCGCCGCGCGCCGCGUGCUCGCCAGGCUGCGCCCGCGGGCGCUGGCCGUGCUGGAGGGCGUGGAGGACGCGCACGCGGCGCUGUCCGCCGCAGACCGCGCGGCGGCAGAGUUGCCGGCGCUGCUCGUCGCCGCCGUGCGCGCCGAGGGCGCCGGCGCCGGCGGCGCGGGUGUGGGCCCCGGUGGAGGGGACGAACUCAGGGGCUUGGCUGCAGCUUGGCUGGGCGCUCUGAGGGACGCGCUGCCGUCGUUAGGGCAGGGGGCCGCCGCGGACCGGCGGCUUGCUGAGGUGGCGCUGAGGGGCCUGCCAGCGGCCGCCGCGGCGGACGGCCCAGCGCCCGGCGCCGCGGCCAACGGCGCGGCGGCACACGCGCACCGGCGGCCGCUGGCGGCGGUCGCCGCGGCGCUGCUGGUGCGGCUGCUGUCGUGGAGCGGGGACGACGGCGGCGGCGGCGGCGGUGGCGACGGCGGCGGGCCCGUAUCCUCUGCCCCUGGGACGCAUCUGGGCGUUGUGCAGGAAGCUUCCUACGAGCUGCUGCAUCAGCAGCUCGCGAGCCUGGCGCCAGAAACGACACGAGCAGGCGACGCAGGCGACGCGGCGCAGCGCGUGCCGGGCGCGCUGCGGCUGGCGCUCGCGCCCGAGCAGCAACAACAGCAGCAGCAGCAGGAGCGAGAGCAGCAGGAGAGGGGUGUUGCAGGCGGCCUGCGCUGGGAGGGCCGCGGCGCGGCGCUCGUUCAGCGGCUGUUCAGCAGGAUUGCAGAGGACAGGGAGAGCGCGGGGCGUGAGCUCCUGGCCGCGGUGGCGCCGGGGCUGGCGCGGGACGAUGGCGGAAGCGAAGGCGCGGCUAAUGGGGCCGACCCCUUCCGCGGCCUGCUGGACGGCGGCGGGCCGCCCGGCGGCCCCGCGCGCCGCGACCCUGUGCUUGACGCGUCACCGGCGCUGGCGGCAAACUUCACGGCGGCGGACGCGGCCGGCCUGCUGGAGGUGGUACACAACAGGGAGCUCGUGCCGGAGCUGCGGCGCUCUGCGGCGGAGCAGCUCCUGGCCCUGGCGGCCGCGCCCGCGCUGCUGGGGGUGCUCGCGGAGCCACGGCAGCUGGAGGCGCUGUGGCUGCUCGCGGCGCCGGCCUGGUACGCUGCCGAGGACGGCGGCGGCGAGGGCGGCGACGGGGACGGCGGUCUGUUUGGCCUGCAGCUGCCCGCGGCGGCGCUCGCGCUGCUAUUUGGCGCGUGCGCCCGCAGCGCCAAGGCGCUGGCGUGGCUGACGGGCGACGCGGACAGGCUGCUGGUGCCGCUGCUGCCGCUCGCCUUCCACCCGCUGACCUUCAUGCGGCGCGCCGCUGCCCGCCUGCUUGCCGUCGCCACGUUCGGCCCACCCGCCCGCCGCUGGCGCGGCUACGCAGCCAGUGCCGCGCGGCGCUUCGGCGGCGUGGUGGCGGCAGGCGCGGCGGGCUGGAGCUUGGUGCCGCCGGGGACGGGGGCAGUUCUGCUGCCCGCGCCGUUUGCAGAGGCGAACAAGUUUCCGUUCAGAGUCGUCCCGCUCGACCUCCUGGCGGCGCGGCGGGACAAUGACAGCUCCACCCCGGAUCCUGCUGCGCAGCAGGGCCAACCGCAGCAGCAGCAGCAGGAGCAGCAGCGCGGCGCCGGCGUCGGCGCCACGGCUGCGGCGCGGCGCCGCCUCGUCGCGCAGCAGCGCCUGCUGCGCCUCGCGGGCGGCGACCCGGCAGCUGCGCGGCAGCUGCUCGACGCGCCGCCGGCGGGGCUGGACGUCCCGCAGCAGCUGCUGCACGCGACGGCGGCCACGCUAUCUGCGCUCGACGCCUCCCACCUGGCGCCCGCGGCGCUCGCCGCCGCCGCGUCUGCGCGCACCCACGCAGACUGCGGCCGCGCGCUCCGCGGGCUGCGGCGGCUUGCGUCGUGCGGGCCGGGGCUGGGCGCGCUGGCGGCGGCGCCGUUUGGGGACGCGCUGGCGCGGCUCCUGGGGGCGGCGCCGGUCACUGCUGAGGAUCAGGAGCUGUGGCUGGAGCUCCUGCCACUGAUGGAGCGCCUGCUGCUGGCGACGCCGUGGCCGCAGACCCAAUACGCGCGGCUAGCGCUGCUGCUGCACGGCUCCGCGCUGCCCUGGCUCCGCCGGCGCGGGGCCUGCGACGACACCGGCCGGCCGCCCCUGGCGGCGCUCGAGGCGGGCGUGGAUGAGGACGAGGUCGCGGGCGGCGGCGCGCUGGCGCCUGCGGCGCGGCGGCGGCUGGGGCUGGCCGUCAGCAGGCGGGCGCUCGCGCUGCUGCUGCAGCUGCUGCGGUGCUCGCGGCUGCACAGCAGCGUCGACGCCAACAUCACGCUGCUGCGCGCCCUGGGGGGCCCGGCCCUGCUGGAGCUGCUGGCGGGCGGCAUUGCGGGCAACGAGGAGGGCGACCCGGCGUGCAGGGCCAUGGCGGCGGCGGCGCUGGAGGAGGUCCUCGCGGGGCUGCGGCAGUGGGCGGCGCUGCCGGGGCAGGAGGACGCCCUGUGGGCGGACGCCGCAGGUGGUUCCUCCUGGGAGGACGCCCUGCUGGCCUGCCUGGAGCCCCUCAUCUGCCGCGCCGCCAUGCCCGUCGCCGCGCACCGCUCUGCCGGCUUCCGCGGCAAGGCGCUCGCGCGGCCGGCGCUGCGCUGCCUGGCGGCGCUGCAGCGGCUGCUGCCGGCCGGGGUGUGGGCGCCAGCGUGGGCGGGGGUCGGCGGCACGUUCUGGCUUUCAAGGCUCGCACGGGACAAGGAGGCCGGCAUACGGCGCUCAGCCAUGGGCCUGCUCGCCGCCCUCCUGGCGCCGGGCGCCGAGCCCACCCAGCGGAUGCUCGUCCGCGGCUGGCCCGACUGCGGGGCGCGCGCGCUGCGCGUUGCGACGGACGUGUACGAGUGCCACGGCGUGCGCGCGGCGGCGCUCGCGUUCGUGGCGGCCGCGGCGGCGGUCGACGUGGUGGCGCUCUCGGGCGGCGAAGACGCGGCGGAUGCGGCGGGGGGCGGCAAGGAUGGCGCACAGCAGCCAGACGAGGAGCAGCAGCAGCAAGAGGAGGUGCAGCAGCGGCAGCGGGAGGAGGGAGAGCAGCCGCGCAGCGGCGGCCCCAAUGAGCCCGGCCAAACCCCAGGAAGCGCCGCCGACCGCGCCAGCUCGCAGGCGCCCGGCGCGCUGCGGCGGCUGCACCGCCUCGGCCUCGCGUCCCUGCUGCAGCAGCACGCGCUCUGGGAGUCCCUGCCGCCGCUGCUGCGCGCCGCGGCCGCGCGCCGCGCCCCACCGGCGGUCGCGGCGGCGGCCUGCUCGCUGGCGGCGCUCGCCAUCGCGGCAGACCCGGACGGUGUCGGGGCGCGCCUCGUCGCCGGCCAGUGCGGCGUCUGGCAGGGCCCCGAGCCAGCGCUGGCGCGGGCCCUUGCCGGGGCGCUGCCGAUGCGGGGCAGGCGCUCCGCGGCGCAAGGCGACGCGGGCGUGGGCGCGGGCGCGGGCGUUGGCGGGGCUGCGCCCGAUGGAGAGCUUGAUGUGGUGUCGGCCCUUAUCGAGAUCGUCGCCGGCGGCUGCGAGGCGCAGCGGGGGCCCGGCGGGCUGCCGCGGGGCUGGGCCGCACGCAAUGCAGCGCUGACGUGGCUCGCGACUGCAGGGGCCGCGCUGUCUGAGGAGAUCGUCCCAACCAGCGCAGCCGGCUGCGCAUGGCUUCCGUGCUCAACUACAGGCGGCCUUGCCCUUGGGCCUGGCACUGGCAGCGGCGGCGGCGGCAACGGGGCGUGCGGCGGCGCUCAAGCGUCCGCCGAGGCGCUCGUAUGGCAGGCGCAGUCGGCCGCCGCUGUGGCAGCCGCCCUGCAGGCACUCGCGGCCGCGUGCGCCGCGGCGCCCCGCAUCCGCCCGGGCCUGCCUGCGCCGGCCGCGUGGGCGGACGAUGGCGGGCUGCCGGCAGCGGCGGCGAGUGCCGCGCGGGCCUCCGCGGCGGCCGCCGCGCGGCGGCUGCCCGAGCUGCUCUCUGGCGCCCUCAACGACUUGUCAGUGGCGCUGCCGCGCCUCGCGGCCCCACCAGCGGCGGCGGAAGCGUCCGCCGGGGCUUUGGAGCCAGCAGAAGCUGCCGCGCAGCUGCAGCGGCUGGAGCUCGGGAGGCAGCAGCUCGCCGCGGCGCACGCGGCCGCACAGGCGCUGGCCGGGCUGCUGCAGCGCCAGGAGCCGCGGCAGCGGCUGCAGGCCAUGCUGGCCGCACCGCGGGCCGGUCGGGGCGCUGCCGGCGACGGCGACGGGGCCGGUGGCGGCGGCGGCAGCCUGGCCGUGUCUGUCUCGGCUCUGCUUGACCAUCCCCUGUGCCCACAGGCGUGCCAGUGGCAGCUGGCGUCCCUGGCCGCGUGCCUGUUUGCGGACGAGGAGUGCGCGAGGGCGCUGCUCGGGGACGGCGCGGUGGGGCCGACGGCGGAGCCAGGCGGCGACGACGGCGGGGCAGAGCCCGCGCCCGAGCCACUCUGCCGCGACAGCCGACCCGCGGGCGCCGCACUCUGCGCGGCCCUGGCGCGCCUGGUGCCCUCCUCAUACUUCAUAGAGGGCGACAGCGCAGGCGACCCCAGCGAUGCGACGCCGGUAGCAGCAGAGGCAGCGGCCAACGGCGCGGACGGGCCGGAGCAGUUUCGGAGUGAUGUCAGCGCGCAUCCGCGUGACCAAGGGGCGGCGGGGCCGGGCGAGGCGGGCGGCGGGGCGCCGGACGCAGCGGCUGCAGGCCACCGGCAUGCGCCAGGCCAGGCGGCAUGCCUGGCGGCGCUGCGCAACCUGCUGGCUUUCAGCCGGUCUGCCAAGUCAGCCGCCCUGAGCAUAGGCCUGCAUGCAGCUCUCAUGGGCAGCUGCGCCACCCUGGGGGCCGGCCUAGUCGCAGCAUCAGCAGCAACGGCAGCGGCAGCGGGGAAAGGCGGCGUGGGCGGCAGCAGCGGCGCCCCCCGCGAGCGGCCGGCGCGGCCAGGGACGCUGGGCGCGGUCCGCGCGGACACCGCUGCACCAGACCCGUCCGCGCGCCCCGCGCGUGGCGGCGGCGCGUCCCCGCUGCGGCGGUCGGUCGCGUCCACCGCGACGUCUGGGCCGGAGGCCAGGCGGACCGGCACGCCGCUGUCGCUUCGGCGAGCGGGCAGGCGGCUGGGCGCGGCCGCCGCCAAGGGGACGAGCACAGCAGGUGCGGUGCGGCCUGGUGGCGACAACGGUGCAGUCACUGCUAUCAUGGCAGGCAGACGGGAUGAGCAGGACGCUGGCGAGGCCAUCGACCCAGCAGGCACACAGCAGCAGCAGCAGCAGGUGGAAAGCGGUGACGCGGACCUGCCCAGCUCAGCAAAGCAGCAGCGCCAGCAGCGCGCCGCCCCCGCGGCCGCCCGCCAGCAGCAGCAGCGCCAGCAGCUCGACGCCGCGCGCGAGCGCCGCCUGCUGCUGUAUUUAGAGCUGCUACGGCACGUCGCAUUUCGCGACGCGCCCUCAAAAGAGGCCCUGGUGGAUGCGGGGCUGCUGCGGGUGACCGCGCAGCUGUGGCCCGCCGCCAUGCAGCGGCCGGCGCUGCUGUCGGAGCUGCUUGCCCUGCUGGCCUGCCUGGCGCCCGGCAGCGCGGCGUGCCGCGCAGCGAUUGCAGCGCCCGCGGGGCCGCGGCUGCCGGCGCCGCUGACGCUGGUGCUGUAUGCGCUGCAGGCCGGCGGGCAGCAGCAAGACGGCGCCGCCGCCGGCGCCCCGGCGGGCGGCGGCGCCGCGGUGGCGCACGCCGCGUUCCACGGUGCAGUGCGCGCCCUGCUUCACUUUGGCAGCAGCCCCGACGGCGGCGCCGCGCUGGCGCACCCAGGCUGCGGCUUCAUCCCUCUUGCGCAGAAGCUGCUGCGCAGCUUGCUGAUGUCCAAGGAGAAGGACUACCCACGUGCCGCCUCCAUCCUCCAGACCCUGGCCGUCAUUGCGGCGGCAUCGGAGGGCCAGCGCGCACUGCUGCGCGCAAGCAAUGCCCCGGGGCUGCUGGAACUGUGCGUUGCCGCGAUUGAGGCGCCGCACGGCGGCGCGGUCGCCGCGGCGCUGCUGCUCGUGCACAACCUGUCGUUCUGCGCUGAGCUGCGGGCGCCGGCGCUGGCUGACGCGCGGCUGCUGCCGCUGCUGCUGGCUGCCGCGGAGAGUCUCCAGCCCGAGGCCCUGUUGGCGCAGCAACGGACGCCGCAGGCCGCGCACCGCUGCGCGGCGGGCGCGCGGGCCGAGGCCGCGGCGGCCGCGGGCCAGCCCGAGCCGCGGCAGGCGUUUGUGGUGCUCGGCCGCGGCGGCGGCUGCAAGCCGGGCUGCUGCAACCCAGUGAGCGUCGCGGCGGCCGACGCGGCGGCGGCGGCCGCGGCGGCAGGCGGGGGUCGCAGGCUGCUCGUCGGCGGCAACGCGGCGGCGGCGGCGUACGCGGCGGCGGCGCUGUGGGCGCUGAUGUACCAAGGGGAGUCUGUGAAGGCCGCGGUCAGGAAGCUGCCCAAUGCUGUCGAGCGGCUGGUGGCGGCGCGCGCGCACUGCGCUUUCCUGGUGCGCAGGCUCGCAGGGGCCGGCGGCGCGGGCGAAGGCGCAGGUGCCGCCGCGGCGGUGGAGGUGCGGCCGGCGUGGGCGGGGCAGGAGGGCAGUGGCACUUCUGAGGGGGUGGCGCGGUGGCUGCAGCAGCUGGAGGAGAGCCUGCUUGCCGGCGUGGAGCUGCUGCAGCAGGGGCCAAGUGGCGGCGCAUAA